AUGGCACACAAGGCCCUAACCAACCAACCCGUGGAACUCAAAAUUCAACUCGUGGUCAAGGAGGAACCCGUGCUCAAGGAGGAGGUUUUCACUCACAAGGUCGUCAGGUCCCUCAACAAGAAAACGGUGAAGCACCAUCUUCAAGUGAAGAUGACCAUGUUAAUGAUGAAUCCAAUGAGAGGUUCUCAAGUUCCACCGGUCUAG